GGCCUCUCCGCCGAUGAGCUCGAGCUUCGCGCCCAAGGCCACACUGGAGAAAUGCCCAGGCAGUUCUCCACCCUGUCGACACUCGCCAUUGCCUUUCUGCUGACCAGUUCAUGGAUUGGCUACGGCGCGACCUUUCCCUAUCCCCUGGCCGCUGGUGGUGGACCGGGAGUUUUUUGGGGUCUUUUGAUCGCUGCCUUUGCUUGUUCGGUCAUCACUACCGGAUUGGCGGAACUCUCGUCUGCUUUCCCUUCAACGGGCGGCCAAUAUCAUUUUGCAUUCAUGAUUUCCACUGAAAAGACCCGGGCGCCGGUAGCAUUUAUGAUGGGAUGGCUAAGCGUCGUAGCCUACUGUCUCUUCACCGCAUCGGCCACUAUCGUCAACGCUCAGAUUGUGGGUGCUUUGGCGACGUUCUGGCACCCGGAUUAUACCGCCAAGCAGUGGCAGAUCUACCUGCUGUACAUCCUGUUUCAGAUUCUGGCUACUGUAGUGGUCGUUUUGUUUCCAAAAGCGCUGCCCAAGACGGAAAUCAUGUUUUUCAUCAUCAGUGUCACUGGAUGUCUCGUGUUCUUCGUCACAGUUCUUGCAACGAGUGAGACGAAGCAGCCUGGUCAUGUUGUUUUCACAGACGUGACCAACGUGACUGGCUGGGGUGACGGUAUAGCGUUCCUUCUGGGAAUUGGGACCAGCAUGUAUGCGUUCAUUGCGACGGAUGGCGCCUCGCACCUUGCCGAGGAACUUCCCAACCCUGGCAAAGGAGUUCCCAGAACCAUGAUGCUCAGUCUGAUCAUGGGCGUCACCACUGUCGUCCCCUGGACGCUCGCUUUCAUGUUCUCGAGCAACGACCUAGCGGCCGCUGAGGACAGCGUCCUUCCAAUCCUCACCAUCUUCCAGCAAGCCCUGAGAAACAAAUCCGGCUCUACCUUCCUCGGCUUUUGGUUCCUCGUAGUCUACUUUGGCUCCAUCGUUAGUGCCACCGCCGCAACCGGCCGAGUCACCUGGGCUUUCGCCCGCGACAAUGGCCUCCCCUUCUCUUCCUUAUUGGCGAAGGUUCACCCAAAACUGCAAAUGCCCGCUAAUGCUACCAUUGCUUCAUCUGUCUUCAUCAUCUGCUACGGCGCUAUCUAUGUUGGAUCUACCACUGCCUUCAACAGCUUUAUUUCCAUGUCCAUCUUGUCCCUCAACAUCACUUAUGCUAUCCCGCAAGGCAUCCUACUCUGGCGGGGCCGCGACAAGGUCCUCCCCGCGAACCGGCAGUUUAACCUGGGCAAAUGGUUUGGCCCAGCAUGCAAUAUUUUCUGCGUUGCCUGGGUCUCUCUGUAUACUGUUCUCUUCUGCCUCCCAACAUACUUACCGGCAGAGGUCAAUGACAUGAACUAUGUCAGUGUAGUUGUGGCAGGUGUUGCUCUUAUCAUUGCCAUCUUUUGGUAUGGGGGCAAGAAUAAGACUUUCACCGGACCGCAUAUCAAUAUGGAAGUCCUGGAGGCGGCACAGAUGAGACCGAUUGAUGUGGAAACGCAGCCGGAGUAUCAUGAGCCGAAGAAGGAAUAGCUGCACAUUGUGUAAU